AUGGCACCAUCAACACAAGCAUCCGCCGACGCCGCCCUCCCUGGCGACAUUCACCGCGACUACAGCGACGACAAGACUGCUUCAUCUGAAGAUACCCUUUAUUGCACCAGCAAUGGCGUUCCAAUGCCACACCCAUAUGAGGCUCAGCGAGUAGGAGAGAACGGUCCCCUCCUUCUGCAAGACUUCCACUUGAUCGACCUGCUCUCUCACUUCGACCGCGAGCGCAUUCCAGAGCGUGUUGUGCACGCCAAGGGUGGAGGGGCUCAUGGAUACUACGUCACCACGAAUCCAAUGGACGACCUGUGCCAGGCCGAUAUCUUCAAGGCCGGCAAGAAGUGUCCUAUUACUGUCCGAUUUUCCACUGUUGGAGGCGAGUCUGGAUCUCACGACUGUGCUCGCGAUCCACGAGGAUUCUCCGUAAAGUUCAGGACUGAGGAGGGUAACUGGGAUAUGGUGGCAAACAACACGCCGGUAUUCUUCUUGCGUGAUCCUGCCAAAUUCCCUCACUUCAUCCACACCCAGAAGCGUGACCCAUCAUCGCAUCUGACCCAUGCCGACGACUCGACCAUGUUCUGGGACUAUUUCAGCCAGAACCCAGAAUCCGUGCACCAGGUCCUCAUCCUCAUGGGUGAUCGUGGCAUUCCAGAUGGGUGGCGCAAGAUGCAUGGCUACUCUGGACACACCUUCAAGUUGGUCAACAAGAACGGCGAUUGGGUCUAUGGACAAAUGCACAUGAAGAGCAAGCAGGGCACUGGCUUCAUCACCCAAGCAGACUCUGCCAAUUACUCGCCCGACUAUGCUCAGAAAGAUCUCUACAAUGCUAUCGAGCGUGGCGACUACCCAGGCUGGGACGUCAUGUGGCAGAUCAUGACUGCCAAGGAAGCCGAAGAUCUCUGGGAGACCGAGAAGAUCAACGUCUUCGAUCUUACACAUGUCUGGCCCCAGAAGAAGUUCCCCCUCCGAAAGGUGGGAGAGUUCUACCUGAACGAGAACGUCAAGAACUAUUUCGCAGAGAUUGAGCAGAUCGCUUUCAACCCAAGCCAUCUGCCACCAGGCAUUGAGCCAUCUGCCGACCCAGUCCUGCAGUCUAGACUGUUCUCAUACCCAGACACUCACCGUCACCGUGUUGGUGUCAACUACCAGCAGUUACCAGUCAACCAGCCACGCGUGCCAUACCGCAUUGCGAACUUCCAGCGAGAUGGCACCAUGUCUUUCUACAACCAAGGCUCACGCCCAGCAUACCUCAGCUCCAUCUCGCCCGUCAACUUCCGAGAGCGAAGCGUUGACCUUGACAAGACACAUGGUCACUUCCAGGGUAACGCUAUUACUUUCCUCUCCGAGAUCCGUCCCGAGGACUUCAACGCUCCUCGCGCACUAUGGGAGAAGGUCUUCGACGAUGGUGCCAAGGCACGCUUCAUCGAGAAUGUAUCCGGACACAUGCAAAAUUGCCACAAAGAAGAGAUCAUCAAGCGACAAAUUUCCAUCUUCCGUGAGGUUUCUGACGACCUUGCCAGCCGCCUCGAGAAGGCCACAGGCGUGAAGGGUUACGAUGGCAUUUCCGGCUUGCAGUUCAACGGCACCCACAACGGAAUGGCAAAGGACGCCAAGCUCCGCGUUGCGAAUGGAAUGUCUGCGAAUGGUGUUAGCCCGUCUGUGGGUAAUAAUGGUGCUCCAACUCACGGAACACACCGCGAGAUUAAUGGCAUUCAGGCAAAGGUUCAUUGA